UUCAGCAGAGAAAUGAUAAAAGAAAAUGUGCCCUAUGAAAUCGUGUGUCAGUUGCCCAAACUGAAGCACUUGCAAAUUUGUCACUGUGGCUUUCUGAGGGCGGGUUUCAUCGAGGGACUGAUCCACAAAACAGAAACUCCGCUGGAAAGCCUCAUUUUGUUGGGAGACGUCUUGUACGCCGAACAGUUGGAGCAUCUCUGCGAGAUUUCCUCGCUAAGGGAACUUUUCUUGGGGUGCGAGAGUAUUCCCUUGAGUGGCCUGCUUAAACUAAGAAACUUGGAAAUUCUGAACCUGACUACGAGUGAAAUUACCAAUCACCAACUGUUGACGAUCCUCGAAGGCUGUCCGCUUAUCAGAGUGCUCGGUCUGUAUGCUCGAAUAUUGCUCAACUCUGAUUUUGUUCGAAAUGCAACUCGAUUGUUUGGAUGCCGAAAAAUCAAGAUCUAUCUACGUGGUCCAUCUGUUAAUCGGAAUUUUAUAGGAACUUUAAAUGGAAAUAGGUUUAUUCAAUUCGAACACGGUUUUUUGAAAAAGCCUUUACUGAUUAACAAUUAAUUGAGCACUGGACUUAAAAGCACAUUAUUUAUUGAGCAGUUUUAAAGUUAUUUCUAAGAAAUCAGCGAAAAAGCCAAAAAGCUAUGUCAUAAUGGAGAACUUACGAUACUUUUUAUAUGUAAACAAUCCUAAGAGCCCAGUAUACUUUGGACAGAAGUUUCGAACUCAUAUUAAAGAGGGAUAUAUGUCGGGAGGAGCGGGCUACGUUCUGAGCAAAAUGGCCCUGCACCGAUUUAUGAAGUUCGGAUUUGGCAACGGCAGCAUUUGCAGCAGUAAGACCUACGGCUACGAGGACGUGGAACUCGGAAGAUGUCUGGCGGCGGUGGGCGUGGUGGGCGAUGACUCCAAGGACGAGCUCGGAUUGGCGCGUUUUGUGCCCUUCUCUCCACUUCAGUGGUAUCCAGAUCCCCCGCAGUGGUACAAGCCAUUGCUAUAUUAUACAACUCCAAACGUCACCAACGAUUGCUGCUCGAAUUCUGCCAUAUCCUUUCACUACAACAACGCCAAGGAGUUCUAUGUGCUGGAAUACAUAAUCUAUAAGCUAAAAAUCUUUGGUGUCAGCAAGAGCCAGGAUAAUUUGCUAACAAUGAACUCCAUUUCUAUCAACAAGCAGUCGUGGACCACUUUUCACAACAAAAAAACAGAGCUUGGAAAAUCGGCCCUCAAUAAAAUUUGGUCGGAGGAAAAUGCCACAAGCUCGAAUGUUGAAAUUAAGUCAAAGCUCAAGUUGUAAUCUUGCUUUGAUUUAUUUUUAAGAUUCUAUU